CCCCGUUCCCGUCUCUCUUUUAGAAAACGAGAGAAGAAGAAUCCAGAAAGUUGGAGCAAACAAAACCCUAGUUUUGUUUGGUGGCCGAGGUUUUUAGGGCAUCUAAUCGGAGGAGUUGCAGAGGUUCAUCCUCUCUCUCUCUCUCUUAGUGUAGGGUUUGAGUAGGAUCGUUGGGGGUCCUGGUUCUAUCCUUUCCGGUCUGUGGCAAUCUUGGUUUCCUCUUGCGUCCUUUCGGGUGUUGGUUUGGCGAUGGCGACGGAGAGGAAGCGCAAGGUGAGCCUUUUCGAUGUCGUGGACGAUAGCGUCUCGGGGAAGAUCUCGAAGGUUAACGGAUCGGCGCCCCGCCCCUCGUCGUCGGUGAACAGGUGGACGGGGCGGCCGUUCUCGGCGCGUUACUACGAGAUCCUCGAUAAGAGAAAGACGCUUCCGGUAUGGCAGCAGAAGCAGGAGUUUCUCGACGCGCUGGAGAAGAACCAGACGCUCGUCCUGGUGGGGGAGACCGGUAGUGGAAAGACGACGCAGAUCCCCCAGUUCGUCGUUGAAGCUGGUUACACGAGCAACCGUAAGCAGAUUGCUUGUACUCAACCUCGUAGAGUGGCUGCAAUGUCUGUGUCACGCCGAGUUGCAGAGGAGAUGGAUGUUACAAUAGGCGAAGAAGUUGGUUAUAGCAUCCGAUUUGAGGAUUGUAGUGGUCCUAAGACUAUUCUAAAGUACUUGACUGAUGGUAUGCUUUUGAGAGAAGCAAUGACGGACCCACUUCUGGAGCGUUAUCGAAUAAUAAUUUUAGACGAGGCACAUGAGAGGACCUUGGCAACAGAUGUGCUAUUUGGCCUUCUUAAGGAAGUCCUGAAAAACAGAGCUGACUUGAAGCUUGUUGUUAUGAGUGCAACACUUGAAGCAGAAAAAUUUCAGGGAUAUUUUAAUGGAGCACCACUCAUGAAAGUACCUGGAAGAUUGCAUCCUGUGGAGAUUUUCUAUACCCAGGAGCCUGAGAGAGAUUAUCUGGAUGCAGCAAUUAGGACUUGUGUGCAGAUACACAUGUGUGAAUCUAUUGGGGACAUUCUUGUGUUCUUGACAGGAGAGGAAGAAAUUGAAGACGCUUGCAGGAGACUCAACAAGGAGAUCAACAACCUGGGUGACCAGGUUGGGCCAGUGAAAGUUGUUCCCCUGUAUUCUACGUUACCUCCUGCAAUGCAGCAGAAGAUCUUUGAGCCUGCCCCACCAGCACUGAAAGAAGGAGGUCCUCCUGGAAGGAAGAUUGUUGUGUCAACUAACAUUGCUGAAACGUCUCUAACAAUUGAUGGGAUUGUGUAUGUCAUUGAUCCUGGGUUUGCAAAACAGAAAGUUUACAACCCACGGGUACGUGUAGAAUCUCUCUUGGUUUCUCCCAUAUCAAAGGCUAGUGCACACCAAAGGGCAGGCCGUGCUGGAAGAACACAGCCUGGGAAAUGCUUUAGACUUUACACAGAAAGGAGUUUUCAGGAUGAUCUUCAGCCACAGACGUAUCCAGAGAUCCUUCGCUCUAACCUGGCUAAUGUUGUACUUACUUUGAAGAAACUGGGCAUUGAUGAUUUGGUUCACUUUGAUUUUAUGGACCCCCCUGCCCCUGAAACUUUGAUGCGAGCUUUAGAGCUUUUGAAUUACUUGGGUGCACUAGAUGAUGAGGGGAACCUGACGAAGUUGGGUGAGAUUAUGAGUGAAUUUCCUCUGGAUCCUCAGAUGUCAAAGAUGCUUGUUGUUAGUCCUGAGUUCAAUUGUUCAAACGAAAUCCUCUCAAUUUCUGCCAUGCUUUCAGUCCCAAAUUGCUUUAUCCGGCCUAGGGAUGCUCAGAAGGCAGCAGAUGAAGCGAAAGCUCGGUUUGGCCACACGGAUGGAGAUCACCUUACCCUACUGAAUGUCUACCAUGCUUACAAGCAAAACGAUGAAGAUUCAACAUGGUGUUAUGAGAAUUUCAUCAAUCAUAGAGCAAUGAAGGCAGCUGAUAAUGUAAGACAACAGCUGGUGCGUAUCAUGGCCAGAUACAGCCUCAAGUUAUGCAGCACAGAUUUUAACAGCCGGGACUACUAUGUCAACAUACGGAAGGCAAUGCUGGCUGGGUACUUUAUGCAGGUUGCUCACCUUGAACGAACUGGUCAUUAUUUGACUGUGAAGGAUAAUCAGGUGGUUCAUUUGCAUCCUUCAAUUUGCCUUGACCACAAGCCGGAAUGGGUUAUAUACAAUGAGUAUGUUUUGACCAGUAGAAAUUUCAUUCGUACGGUCACUGACAUUCGUGGUGAAUGGUUGAUCGACAUUGCACCUCAUUACUAUGACCUUGCCAACUUCCCCAAAUGUGAAGCGAAGCGCGUUCUGGAAAAGUUGUACGUUAAGCGGGAGAAGGAGAAAGCAGAAGCCAAAAAUCGGAACAAGGUUUAGCUGUAGUGGCCAUGUUUGUAGCUGCUUCCAUCUACCGAGGGUCCGGGUCCGGGUCCGGCUGGACAGUUUCAAAACUGGUCUUGCCCAUGGUCUCCUCGUAAUGUGGUUGAAGGGGAUGAUGGACAUGAGUGAUUAUUUCAGCAAUUCAUCAAACAACCAGGGUGUUCGUAGGUGCCACAACAGCUUCUUUCAUCUGCAAGGCGCUAAGCAAUCCUUUCCGGCAAGUUAUUUUGUACUACUUUGAGAGAUGCAGUCAGAAAAUUGUGCUGUAAUCCACAGAAUAUAGGCGGGACCCUUUUUUUCUUUUUUCCUUCUGAUCCUUCCUGGUUACACAUAAUCUGUUUAUAUUCGACUUGUGCGCCUUUAUUAGCUUUUAUUAAUUUUAA